UAGAGCAUCUCCACUCCUAUGCCAAACACUCUCACAAUGCUAUAAUUUAGCAUUUAAAAUGAAAAAUACAUCUCCAUUGCUGUGCUAUUUCAUGUGGUAAAUUUGGCAUAUGCUAAAACUUGUGCCAAAUUUGUUAGAAAGUUUAGCAUAUGCCAAAUUCUAAUACAUAUCCAAAUUAUUUACAGAUUUGCCAUAAAAAAUUAUAAUCACGUGUGAAAUUUAUUUAUUUGUGUAUUUUUCUAAAAUUUAGCUAUUAUUUUUCCUAUUUUCUCUCCAUUAUUUGUUUACAGGUCGUGCUCUUCUUCUUCUACCAUCGUUCUUUUUUUUUCUUUUGAUUAAUUUCUUUCAUAAAUCAAUAAUGAUGGAAGAGAUACAACAAAAUAAUGGAAAGCGUGGAAAAUCAUUCACAAAUAACAAUGAUGUAACUUUAUGCAAAGCUUGGUUGGCAAUUACCCAAGAUUCUGUUGUUGGUAAUUUACAAUCAUCGAACAAAUUUUGGGAUAGAGUAUUGGAUCACUAUACAAAAAAUGCUAAUGAUGGAAGUUUAAGGUCAAGAACUUCUAUUCAAUCUCGUUGGGGAACAAUAAUGAGAAGCUGCAACAAGUAUCACGGGUAUCUUGCUCAAAUUGAAAAUCGUAGACAAAGUGGAAUGACUGAAACUGAUUUGGUUUUACAAGCCAAAUUGUUAUACAAUGAACUUGAGAAGAAAAGUUUUGCGUUGGAUCAUUGUUGGGAAAUCUUGCAAUUUGGAAUAAAAUGGCAAGAUUUAUGCUCAAAUAAAAAGAAAACUAGUACGGUGAAAACUGUCAACAAUUUUGAAGAUUCAUCAUCUCUCUUUGAUGAUUUGGAAUCACCUAUGUAUCAAGACUUAAAUGAUUCUCCAGUUCAAAUUGAUAUUACUGAGCCAACUAUCGAAAGACCAAUCGGUAGAAAAGCUGAAAAGGAAUCUCGAAAGAGAAGUAGAAUGGCUGAUACUUCUAGCUCGCGCUUAUGUGAUCUAAUGUGUGAUUUCAAUAAGCAAACAAUUGAGGCUCAACAGCGAAAAGCUCUUAUUGAAGAAAGAAAAUUACGUGUGCUAGAAGAGGCGAACGACAGAGAGCGUAAAAAGGCAGAAUUAGAAUUGAAAAUAAUGAUGGAGAAACAUGAAAGCGAACAACAAGAAAAGGAUGACAAAAUUAUGAUGAUGAAUACUUCAAAUAUGGAUGAUCCAACAAGAGCCUACUAUGAGCGUCGUAAAGCUGAAAUUCUAGCUAAAACAAUACAUUCGCCUAGUUUUGAACCGGAAUUUUAUAUUCCGUUGCCGCCUUCUCCGUCACAAAGUUGAAUUUUUAACUGUUCAUUCUCUUUACAAGUAAGUAUUAAUGAACAUAGUAUAGGUGAGCUUCUAAUUAUAGUGCUUAAAGAAAAUGU